CUCCGCGGCCGCUCCACUUCCCCAAACCCAAACCCCACGCGGUGCACCGGACCGGCGAGGGGAGGGAGGAGCACCAGAAAAUCCGCGCGUAUAAAUACCACGGCCGCAGCGCCACCGGCCCAGCCAGCUGCCGAUCCGUGCGUGCCCCUCUCUCUUUCGGUUCCUUGUCUCUCUCUGCGCGGGCGCGGGAGGCGUCGGCCAUGGAGGUGUUCUACUACCUGGUGUUCGGCGGGCUCGCCGCGGUGGUGGCGGGGCUGGAGCUCGGCAAGGGCGCCAAGGACCGGGUCACCACCUCCCAGGCCUUCAACUCCUUCAAGAACAACUACGUCCUCGUCUACUCCCUCAUGAUGUCCGGGGACUGGCUGCAAGGGCCGUACGUGUACUACCUCUACAGCCAGUACGGCUUCGACAAGGGCGACAUCGGCCGCCUCUUCAUCGCCGGCUUCGGAUCCUCCAUGCUCUUCGGCACCAUCGUCGGAUCCCUCGCCGACAAGCAGGGGAGGAAGAGGGCGUGCAUAACCUACUGCAUCAGCUACAUCCUGAGCUGCAUCACCAAGCACUCGCCCGAGUACAAGAUCCUCAUGAUCGGCCGCGUGCUCGGAGGAAUCGCCACCUCGCUGCUCUUCUCGGCGUUCGAGUCAUGGCUCGUCGCGGAGCACAACAAGAGAGCUUUUGAUCCGCAAUGGCUAUCGAUUACAUUCUCCAAGGCUAUAUUUCUUGGCAAUGGCCUGGUCGCAAUUGUAUCCGGACUAUUUGCAAACCUGCUCGCUGACAACUUGGGCUUUGGUCCCGUUGCCCCAUUUGAUGCUGCUGCAUGCUUCCUGGCAAUAGGCAUGGCGAUCAUAAUGUCUUCAUGGAGUGAAAACUAUGGAGAUCCCUCUGAAAGCAAGGACUUGAUGUCCCAGUUCAAGGUUGCAGCUAAAGCAAUUGCUUCAGAUGAAAAAAUUGCAUUACUGGGAGCCAUACAGUCAUUGUUUGAGGGCUCAAUGUAUACUUUUGUCUUCCUCUGGACUCCAGCGUUGAGCCCAAAUGAGGAAGAUAUUCCUCAUGGCUUCAUAUUUGCCACAUUCAUGCUGUCGUCAAUGUUGGGUAGCUCCAUUGCCGCACGUCUGUUAGCCCGAAAGCUCAAGGUUGAAGGUUAUAUGCAGAUAGUGUUUACAAUAUCAGCCUUCACCCUUUUCCUUCCUGUUGUCACCAACUUUCUAGUGCCACUUACUUCAGUGAAAGGAGGUAGCAUCUCGUUUGGAGGCACCUUACAGCUGCUUGGUUUCUGUACCUUUGAGGCAUGUGUUGGCAUAUUCUGGCCAUCAAUCAUGAAGAUGAGGUCUCAAUAUAUUCCUGAGGAGGCAAGAAGCACAAUCAUGAAUUUCUUCCGCAUACCACUGAACUUGUUUGUUUGUGUGGUGCUUUACAACGUGAAUGCGUUCCCUAUCACUGUCAUGUUUGGCAUGUGUUCCAUCUUUCUCUUCAUGGCAGCAGUCCUGCAGAGACGGCUAAUGGUUAUUUCUGACCUACACAAAUCAUCGACAAAAGCACAAGAGAUGAUCGAUGAAGAUGAGCCACUGAAUCCUUAAAGACUGACAGGAUCAUACAAAUAAAUCGAAUACAAAAAUCUAGUCCAUACUGCAAUUCAUUUCCACCAGGCUGCUGAAUAAGAUGGACGUUGCAGAAAAGAGCAUUUGUUUUUGUUUGUAACUUUAUUUCUGCGGUUGACCAUUGGCUGGUAGUAGCUCACAUCUGGAGCAAGGCUAGGGACGAGGCAAUACAGUUCAGCAAGCAUUGAGCUAUUGCCGAUAUAUAUAGGUUAUUGGUGUUGUACUGUUGUCAUUUGUUAUUUGUUUUUAUGUUCGUCAGCUUGACAUUAUAUGAAUUUAAAUGCCACGGAUGUCUUAAUCGAAGCAAUAUUACGAGAGGGAAGGCUUUGUCAAA